CGGAUUGAUGGACAAACAUCCGUGGUCAGACAUUGUGCAACUACCUUGUCGGUACUAAGAGGGGACCCGCGUAUCUUGCCACAGAUGUUAUGCGCGGGAAGAAGGAUGCUGCAGCGUUGGCAAAGCCAUGGUUGCAUAAGCUGAAGACCAUCGAUAUCCAACUCAGCGACAUCACGACGUUCGUCACAGAUUCCGCGGGUGUGAACAUGUCCUCCAUGGAGAUAUUCCAAGAGGACGAAAGCGUCGUUACCAAGGACCCGUGGCGCGACACUGUUUGGGCCACGAGGAAGGUCGGGCAGGACAUCGCCGAGAUCACAUCAUGUGCGGGGUCUCCUCCAUGGUGGGAGGAUUUGAGGCGAUUGUUGUGGAUUAUGGACCCUGUGAUGGAGAUGCUGCAGAUGCUGGACAGUGACACACGGCAGAUCAGCAAGGUCCUGCGUUCAUAUGAGAUUAUGAUCGCAUCCUGUCUUGCCGCGUGCGACUGCCUCAACACGACCGAGCAGGAUGAGAUCCUCGAGGUUUUCGAUAGGCGGCGCACCAUGUUUCGUACUCCGGCCCACACAGCAGCCAUGAUGCUCGAUCCCAAGUUUCUGGAUCCCACCAUGGCACAUGACGACAUGAUGGAGGAGGGGUUGAAAACUGCUUUGCGGGUGCAGGCAUUCACAAAUGUCGUCGCCACAGCAAAGGCACAUCAAGAGGCAGCAGAAGCAGAACAUCAGAGGCUUGCCCAUGAGGCGGCAACCCAAGCUCAGUGGACUGCUGAGGCUGACGCAACGGCUCGAGACAAGCGGAACACCGCCAACACUGAGUCCUUGAUUCGAAAUGAGAGUCAGUGGACAGCGCUACUCCAAGGCAUGACCUUUGUGCCUACGUGCGAGCAGGCGGAUCCAACACCGGCAGAGGCAAAAAGGAGUAACCUGGCUAACUUGAUGUUGUGUAUGAUGAGGACGCUGUACAACAUCAGCAACAACUGUUGGCAUCCACUAUCACACGUGUCAACAGCAUCGAGGCUAACGCCCUUAGCAGCACCAGGCUGCACAACGGACAUAGCGAAGCAUCUCGGAGAGCGCAUCGACCAUGUCGUCAAUAUCAUCAGCGACCUAAGUGACUUUACCAGUCCGGCCACGAUCAGCAGCACGGUGGCCGCCAUAAAGAUGGACAUCACUAAACUGCAGUCACGACCGAAAGCCGCCGCGAUGGCAUACAAGAUGCCACACUUCAACAUCGCCAAGUUCGACGACUACAACAAAACGGAUGCAUUGGCAUGGUGGCAAGCCUUCGUCACCGAAGCAGCCUGCCACCACGUGCCAGAUGACCUGAUGAUGACAACACUCUACCUCCAACUCAUUGGAGGAGCACAGGCAUUUAUGAACCACAUGGCGACCAAUCUGGGAACCACCAUUGUCGACCUGCAUAAGCACAUAACGUGGGAGCAGCUCAAGCAAAUGUGGCACACUCGAUUCAUGGUCCGAAAUGUAGUGAAGGCAGCCAUGAACGAGGUCUACUCCAGCUCGCAAGGGAACAUGUCAACACGAGACUGGACGAUCAAGUGGGAGAAGAUAGUAACCACUCCACGUUUCGACUCAAGUUUCCCAAACUUGCGAUCUGAAUUUUAUUCACGAUCGUGCGGAGGACUGCGGUCGGCACUCGGUAACGAGUACGACUAUGCCUCAUUCAAGGCCAUCCUUGACCGUGCUAACCUGGUUAUCCAAACAGAUGACAAGGCCGCCAACGAAAGGCAGUCCCAACCACAAUAUGUGGCUAAGCAAGGUUACCAAAGGCAGGCACAUAACAAUGAGGUGAUCGCUGACGGAUCACCUGAUCUCCACGCUGCAGCAGCCUCCUCGAGUGAUGGAGGACUUGUCACAACGCUCCCGCCGAAACGUUCUAAAUGGGUUCGAAAGAACAAGGCGACACAAGGGACGACGACGACGGAGACUGGGCAGCAACCAUGGACGACAUACAACAUCACCAAGGAAGUAUUUGAACUUCGACAACGGUGUGGGUAUUGUUUUUGGUGCAACAUUGUAAACCACACUACUGCACAAUGCCCAGACAAGGGCAAGGCAAAGGUACCCCGUCCAGCUAACUCGGGAAACUGAGUUGCGCACGGAGAGGGGCGACGCCUCUCCACACUCCGCCGGAACCGGUUGCCUUGCUAACAACCG